GAGCUCGGUAAAUACCGUUGUCCACUUCGAAAACGUAAUAAACAAAUACCCAAUUCGAGAGAGUUUUCUUUAAUCUUGUCCGUGAAUUGUCUUGCGACUUUCCUCAUUUUCUCUUAACAAAAUAUGGAUGCGUUCUCUUCUUUCUUUGAUUCUCAAUCGAGAAGCAACUGGAAUUAUGAUACUCUCAAGAAUUUCCGUCAGAUCUCUCCGAUCGUUCAAACCCAUCUCAAACGGGUUUAUUUGACCCUGUGUUGUGCACUGAUUGCCUCUGCUGUUGGGACUUAUCUUCAUAUCCUGUGGAACAUUGGGGGUUACCUUACCACAUUUGCAUGCUUUGGAACCACUAUUUGGCUCCUCUCGAUCCCUCCUAAUGAAGAGCAAAAGAGGGUUUCUCUUCUGAUGACAUCAGCAGUGUUUGAAGGGGCUUCAAUUGGUCCUCUGAUUGACUUGGCCAUUCAGAUUGACCCAAGUGUUUUGAUAGCUGCGUUUGUGGGAACAGCGUUGGCCUUUGCAUGUUUUUCAGGAGCCGCCAUGUUAGCAAGGCGCAGAGAGUACCUUUACCUUGGUGGCUUGCUUUCAUCUGGUGUGUCCAUGCUUCUCUGGUUGCAUUUUGCUUCCUCGAUCUUUGGUGGUUCUACAGCCCUCUUUACGGCUGAGAUCUACUUGGGGCUUUUGGUGUUUGUGGGCUACAUGGUAGUGGAUACACAGGACAUAAUUGAGAAGGCACACUUGGGUGACCUGGACUAUGUAAAGCAUGCCCUGACUCUUUUCACUGAUUUUGUUGCUGUAUUUGUCCGCAUUCUGGUAAUCAUGUUGAAAAAUUCAGCUGAGAAGAGUGAGAAGAAGAAGAAGAAGAGGAGUGACUAAAUCACAAAGAAGCAGCUGAGAAAGUCUGCUUGUCUAACGAGCCUUGGAAAGAUGAAGUUUGUUGUCAAUAAAAGUUGUGUUUUUGCUUUUUGUACUAAAGCACUAUGUUAAUGGACGGAAAAGAUAUUUCGUAAGUGUUUCUGCGUCUGCUGAUGGUUGUUGUUCGGAACGUUGUUCAAACUAAUGACAUGUUAAAUUUGCUUU